GUGGAGGACCGGAGCCCCAGCUACAGAAGAUGGCUGCUGCCGAGAGGGCUUCAGGCCGCCGUCUGAAAACGCAGCCCCCGCUGGCUUCGUGCUGAACCACGAACAGUCCGUGUGUCGGCCCGGCUGUUCGGUUCGGCCCGGAGGAGCCGCCAUGGGGUCGCAGACUCUUCAGAUCCUGAGGCAGGGGGUCUGGGCUUCGGUCACGGGCGGAUGGUACUACGACCCGGAUCAGAACACGUUCGUCAACGCGCUCCAUCUUUACAUCUGGCUGUUCCUGCUGUGUUUCCCCUUCACGCUCUACAUGGCCCUGCCUCCAACCAUGGUGAUUGUGGGAAUCUACUGUGGUGUGAUAGCUGCCAUGUUUCUGCUGCUGAAAACGGUGAAUUACCGCCUCCACCACGCCCUGGAUGAGGGGGAGGUGGUGGAGCAUCAGGCCAAGGAGAACCAGGGUCGCAGAGGGGGCAUCGAAGGUCCUAACGACAGAGGGUUCGUUCGUCGGAAGGACAGCAGCGGUCUGGGGGACCCUGGAGGGGGUAUAGAAAUGACAGACUUCAUUCAACAAGAGACCCCUCCGGUGGACUGCAGUUCCAGAAACUCCUACAUCGGGACCGAGUCGAGCCAGAUUGGAUCUGCACACAGAAGAGCAGCAGUUGUCAAAGGAGAUGUUGGAAAGAUCUCGGAUGACAUCAGUUUGACUCUUGUUGAGAGCUGCAGUCAUGAUCAUGAUCUGCUCUCAGAAACAAAGAUGUACUGUCUUGUUCCCAACGACUCCUUCGCCUCCUUGCAGCCAUCGACCUCCUUGUGUCCUUCAGAGUUGUCCAGGGAGGCUGCAGACCUCUGCAGCUCCUCGGCCUAUCACUUCAGCCUGUGUCAUUCAUCCUGUGACACGGAGUUGACCGCUCAUGCUCCCGUGCAGUCUCAGACCUCCAGGAAGGAGCUCCGUUCUCGGGGCCUGCCUCGGACCUCUAGCUCUGCAGGCUCCGCUUUUCCUGACCCGUGUUUGCCAGACUUUUCUUUGUAUCCUCCACUCAGGAGAGGUGGCCUUGACCCAGUGUGUGAGCUAGAGGCUGCCAGACCCCACAGGCCGGGGAUCUGUGACAGAGAGCAGCUUUACCAGCAGGACCCAGUUGUCCCUUCUACCUCUGGAGAAGAACAUCACUGGCACAAAGAACAACACAAAGUUGCUCACACUGCCUCCAGAGAGGCGGGUGAAGGUAGCUCAGGACUUUACCAGGUGGAGAGUGGUGGGAAAGUCUCUCCUGGAGCAGGAAAAUCCCAUGCAGGAGAGCAGAGUGUGGAUAGCCUGAAGAGUUUGAGUACCCACAGCAGUGGCUCCACUGAGAGCUACUGCAGCGGCACAGACAGGGACACCAACAGCACAUUCAGCAGCUUUCACAGUGAACAAACCAGUUCCACACAUGUAGAGAGCCUGCUCUCACUUUCAGGGGACGAGCGGGGACGGGACAGAGGAGAGACCCUACCUGCUGCUGAAGGUAGAGCUUCAUGCCUCAGCAGCGUCAGUUCUCAUGGUCUCAGCAACGUUCCCUCUAGGGAAGCCAAUAAAAACCCUCAUGCCAAUGAGCUGACUGCUAACCAAACUGCAGCUGCACCGUCUGCUGCAGCCCAGGAGCUCAGGGAACCUGGGGCCAUCCUGGAGCAGCCCGGCGUAAGGACCAGUGCUGAUGGCUCGACGGGUGGAGAUGCCCCAGAACAGGAACAAGCUAAAGAUGGCGGUCCCACAAAGUCUGAUGCCGUGGUUCAGAGGACUUCCUCUCUGUCAGCGGGACGCAGUGGACGAAGACAUUCUGGGAAGAAAAGGGCGAGCAGCUUUGACGCCAGCCGUCACAGAGACUACCUGUCUGUGCACGGGAUGGCUAAGCCCAGCAGUGCAGUCUUGACUGCUGGAGGAGAGGAAGACUCCAGUGAUCAGAGUGAACUCAGCUGUGCCUCCAGCCUCCACUCCACCAACCAUCUAAGUACAGAUAGCUCCUCCAGCACCACCCCUCGGUCCUGCCACUCACCAGAGGGUCACUUCAGGGGCCUAAAAGCCAAGCACUCUGCAUCCAAAGCACCCUCAUCCUCCACAGGGAAAGGCACAGCUGGAUCUAAGGCAGGGCCCAGAACGGGAGGGAAGCGCCGAACCUCCCGCCGAACACCCAGCGCAGGUAGUGCCAAAACACACGCUAGAGUGUUGAGUCUGGACAGCGGUACUGCCGCUUGCCUUAACGAUCCCAGCCGCUUGGGAGCGCCGUGCGGACAUCGACCCCUCACCACCUCCAAGUCGGACCUGGAAGCCAAAGAAGGGGAAGUCCUGGAUGCUGCGUUUUUGCUAGGUCGGGCUUCUCAGCUGGAAUCUGUGACCCGCUCCAGGAACAGUCUACCAAACCAGGCGGCAUUCAUUGAACCUCACGAUGCAGCUGCUCUGCGAGCACCGGGACGAGAGGAGACGGUCGUUUUUCGUCGUGAGCGCAGCACGUUUCGUCGACAGGCGGUGCGGCGACGGCACAACGCGGGGAGCAACCCCACCCCUCCCACCUCGAUCAUCGGCUCUCCUCUCAGUCUUCAGGAGGCUCUCAGCCAGGCCUCCCAGCCUUCUUCUUCGCUGGUGAAAACGCAGCCGUCCAGAACCCCGUCCCAGGUGACCGUUCUCAGUGCAAGUGUGUCCCUGCUGGCCAGGAAUGGAAGCACGCCCCUGGAGGGUUCUCAGGACAAGGCCUCAACUGUCGGUGCCUCCAGCUUGCAAGAAGACUUUGGAAAGCUCACUCCUUCCUUGUAUGAGGCUGGCGGAUGUGAAAUGUCUCUUGUCAAUUUUGAACCUGCAACCAGACGAGCCUCCAACAUCCUGUGGGACACGGACUCCCACCUCUCCAGUUCUACCUCAGUUCACUUCUACCCUCACGACCUGAUCCGUCUGAACCGACUGCUGACGAUGGACCCAGAGUUAUUAGAGCAGCAAGACGGGGACCUGAGCCCGGAGCUCCACGACGUCCCUCUGGGACCAGAGAACUGUGCAGCUUCGGCUGCUGCUGCUGCCGGCAAAGCCAAGCAGUACUACCGCCUGUGGCUUCUCCCGUACCUGUGGGUCGGCCUGCACUUCGACCGGCUCACCCUGCUGGCGCUGUUCGACAGGAACCGAGAGGUUUUGGAGAACGUUCUGGCGGUUCUGCUGGCUGUGCUGGUGGCCUUUCUGGGUUCAGUGCUGCUCGUCCACCGGUUCUUCACUGACAUCUGGGUCUUCCAGUUCUGCCUCGUCAUUGCAAGUUGCCAGUAUUCCUUACUGAAGAGUGUUCAACCAGACUCCUCCUCCCCUCGACAUGGCCACAACCGGAUCAUAGCGUACAGCCGACCCGUGUACUUCUGCCUGUGCUGCGGCCUCAUCUGGGCGCUGCACCACGGCAGCCUGAGGAACAGCUCGUCUCGCUUCACGCUGUACGGAGUGGCUCUGAGCAGCUCGCUGCUGCUGGCCUCUGCCAGGGACCUGAUCAUCGUCUUUCUUCUGUGUUUCCCCCUCGUCUUCUUCAUGGGCCUGCUGCCUCAGGUCAACACGUUCGUCAUGUACCUCUUCGAGCAGCUGGACAUUCACGUGUUCGGAGGAAACGCCUCCACAAGCCUUAUGUCAGCGCUGUACAGCGUCCUGCGCAGCGUCAUCACCGUGGCCUUACUCUACGGCUUCUGUUAUGGAGCUCUGAAGGAGACCUGGGAGCCGCACCACAUCCCCGUCUUGUUUUCCGUCUUCUGCGGCCUGUUGGUGGCAGUGUCCUACCACCUGAGCCGUCAGAGCAGCGACCCUUCUGUCCUCAUCUCGUUGAUACAAUCUAAGAUCUUACCCAAAGUAAAGGAGAAGAACCCGGAGGACCCCUUCUCUGAAGUGCAUGACCCUCUGCCAGAGAAGCUGAGGGCCUCAGUGAACGAACGGCUGCAGUCGGACUUGAUCGUGUGUGUGGUCAACGCUGUCCUUUACUUUGCCAUCCAUGUCAGCACCGUGUUCAUAGCCCUGCAGCCUUUCCUCAGUUACAUCCUGUACGCCUUGUUGGGGGCGGUGGGGUUGCUCACCCACUACCUGCUACCUCAGGUCCGCAAGCAGCUGCCCUGGUACUGCUUCUCCCACCCUCUGCUCAAAACUAAGGAGUACUACCAGUUUGAAGUCAGAGAUGCGGCUCACUUGAUGUGGUUUGAGAAGCUUCAUGUGUGGCUGCUGUUCGUGGAGAAGAACGUCCUCUACCCGCUGGUCAUCCUCAACGAGCUGAGCGGCAGCGCCAGAGAACUGGCCAGCCCAAAGAAACUCGACACAGAGGUUGGUGCUCUGAUGAUCACUGUCGCCGGCCUGAAGCUGCUUCGUUCCUCCUACAGCAGCCCCACCUAUCAGUACAUCACCAUCCUGUUCACCAUCCUGUUCUUCACGUUCGACUACCGUCACCUGUCUGAGACGCUGCUGCUGGACCUCUUCCUUAUGUCCAUAGUUUUCAGUAAGCUGUGGGAGCUGUUCUACAAGCUGCACUUCGUCUACACCUACAUCGCUCCGUGGCAGAUCACAUGGGGCUCCGCCUUCCACGCCUUCGCUCAGCCCUUUGCUGUGCCUCACUCUGCCAUGCUGUUCGUCCAGGCUGCGGUGUCGGCCAUCUUCUCCACUCCCCUCAACCCUUUCCUGGGCAGCGCCAUCUUUAUCACCUCCUACAUCCGCCCUGUCAAGUUCUGGGAGAGGGACUAUAACACCAAGAGAGUUGAUCACUCGAACACCCGGCUGGCGUCUCAGCUCGACAGAAAUCCAGGCUCAGACGACAACAACUUGAACUCUAUUUUCUACGAGCAUCUGACGCGGUCCCUGCAGCACAGCCUCUGUGGAGACCUCCUGUUGGGCCGCUGGGGGAACUUCAGCACCGGAGACUGCUUCAUUCUGGCCUCGGACUACCUGAACGCUCUGGUGCAUCUUAUAGAGAUCGGCAAUGGUUUGGUGACCUUCCAGCUCCGGGGACUGGAGUUCAGAGGAACUUACUGUCAGCAGAGAGAGGUGGAGGCCAUCACUGAAGGAGUUGAGGAAGAUGAUGGUUGCUGCUGCUGUGAGCCGGGCCAUCUCCCCCACAGUCUGUCGUUCAACGCUGCCUUUGGCCAGCGCUGGCUGGCCUGGGAGGUUCUGGUCACCAAGUACGUUCUGGAAGGAUACAGCAUCACUGACAACAGCGCCGCUUCCAUGCUGCAGGUGUUUGACCUGAGGCGCAUCCUCACCACCUACUACGUCAAGGGUAUCAUUUACUAUGUGGUCGCCUCGCCCAAACUGGAGGAGUGGCUUGCUAACGAGACCAUGAAGGAGGGUCUGCGAGGGUGUGCAGAGAGGAACUACGUGGACCUGGACCCCACGUUUAAUCCCAACAUAGACGAGGAUUAUGACCAUCGGCUCGCAGGCAUCUCCAGGGACAGCUUCUGUGGGGUUUACCUGAGCUGGAUUCAGUACUGCAACUCUCAAAGAGACAAGCCCCUGGACAGUGAGAAGGACUCGGCUCUGGUGCUGCUGUGCUUCGGUUUGUGUGUGCUGGGAAGGAGGGCCCUGGGGACAGCAGCCCAUCACAUGUCCAGCAACCUGGAGUCUUUCCUUUACGGGCUCCAUGCGUUAUUUAAAGGAGAUUUCCGCAUCUCGUCAGUGCGAGAUGAGUGGGUCUUUGCAGACAUGGAGCUGCUCAGGAAGGUUGUGGUGCCUGGAAUCCGAAUGUCUCUUAAGCUGCACCAGGACCACUUCACGUCCCCCGACGAGUACGACGAACCAGCUGUUCUGUACGAGGCCAUCUCCUCGCACCAGCAGAACCUGGUCAUCGCUCACGAGGGCGACCCAGCCUGGAGGAGCGCCGUGCUGUCCAGUGCCCCGUCGCUCCUCGCCCUUCGUCACGUCCUGGACGAAGGCACGAACGAGUACAAAAUCAUCAUGCUCAAUCGACGAUACCUCAGCUUCCGCGUCAUCAAGGUAAAUAAAGAAUGUGUGCGGGGCCUUUGGGCGGGCCAGCAGCAGGAGCUGGUGUUUCUGAGGAACAGAAACCCGGAGCGCGGGAGCAUCCAGAACGCCAAGCAGGCUCUGCGCAACAUGAUCAAUUCUUCCUGCGACCAGCCCAUCGGGUAUCCGAUCUACGUGUCUCCGCUGACCACCUCCUACUGCAACUCGCACCCGCAGCUUCGACACAUCCUGGGAGGAGCCAUCAGCAUCGCAAACAUCCACAGCUUUGUUGUCAGCACCUGGCACAGGUUAAGGAAGGGCUGCGGCGCCGGCUGCAACAGCGGAGGAAACAUGGAGGACUCUGAUGCCGGCGGUUUGUCCUGCGGCAGUGGGAACGGGACGGGCGGAGACUCUCAUCAGAGCUCGGGCUCCCACAGUGGAAACUCUGGACCAGCUCUGCCCCACAUGUACCAACCACAUUCUCUGGGUACCAGCCAGAGCUCCCAGUCAGUCCAGUUUGGUUUGGUGCGCCACUCCCCUGCCAGAGCCUCCAUGGUCAGCCAGUCCUCCCUGUACCGCUACAGCAGCAGCCGCCACUCCUCACUGCGCACCUCCACCACGGGCCUGGAGCCCUGCCGCCGCUCCUCCACCAGCCAGCUGUCUCUGCGCACCCUGCCCACCUCCCUGCAGCUGCGACUGGGCCCCGGGUCCGACCCGGCUGGCCCCUCGUCCUCUCUCUCCAGCCACAGCAUCCCUCCCUGCAAACGCCACACGCUGGUGGGGCUCCUGGGUAACGAAGGCGUCUGCAGCACCGUCACAGACCCCCUCAGCCAGCUUCAUCACUGUCAUUACCGCCCGCAGCAGCACAACCCCACCGUGUCCACCGUGCGCAGAGACGACAUCUCCUACAGAGUGCAGAUCGUGGACGUGAGUCAGGUGUUGGAGAACAUCAACCUCCCGAAAAGGAAGGAGCUCCAGUGGCCCGAUGAGACCCUGAGACUGAGGGCCGGUCGGACCUGCUGGAGGGACUGGAGUCCUGCUGAGGGCAUGGAAGGACAUGUGGUUCACCGGUGGGUGCCUUGUAGCCGAGACCCGGCCAGCCGUUCCCACCUCAACAGAACCAUCCUGCUGGUCCAGGUGGACGAUAAGCUAGUUCCUGUUAUUGAGACUGGGGUCACGGAGCUGGGAGCAGAGGUUUGAGCCU